CCAUUCCUAUUUUUCUUUUAAAUAUGUAAAGCACAUAUAUUUUCUAUAAGAUCCAUACUUGCUUGAUGAUUGUCAAUAUAAUUCUUUUUUUUUCUUUAGAAAUUCAAAAGAAAAAAUGAAGAAGCAUGGCAAGAGUGAAAAAGAGAAUGGAAAACGAGAGCACCACAAAACUGAUGGUUCAUCAGCACCACGUCUCAAAAGGCAAGGAAAUGAAGAUGGUGGACAAAAUGAACCGAAAAAGGAAACCCUUUGUGAAGAUUAUAAUGAUUCUGUAAAUUAUGAAGAUGAUUUUGAGGACUAUGAAGAUGAUUUUGAUGACUUUGAUGAUGAAGAUGAUGAAAGUAGCCAGAAUGCAAAAAGUGAAAAAGAAGGAGCAGAAGCAGGAUUACAGAAAGUUACUGUAGCUAAGAACUCAGAAGUAGAAGAAAUUCAGAAAGCAAUUAAUGCGGAAAAUGAAAAGAUUAAGGCCUUCCUUCCCAACUCAAGAAAGAAUGAACAUCUUCCAAAAGAUCAUGAAAAAUACCCAAGAAUAGAAAAGCAAGUUUCACUGGCUCAGUGUCCCACAUCUGGAAAAUUCAUUGAUUUCCAAAUGGCUCAACAACGGCAAAAUAUCAGAAAAGUUGCCAAUCAACAGAAGAAACGUAGCUUUGAACUUCUUCGUCUCAUUGACCUGGAUUUUUCAGUCAGCUUCUGUUUGUUGGAUUUGCCUCCAGUAAAUGAAUAUGAUAUGUACAUUCGAAACUUUGGGAAAAUAAACACCAAACAGGCUUAUGUGCAGUGGAAUGAGGAUAAUCUGGACAGAGAUAUUCAGACAGAGGAAAUAGAAACUCAAGAAAAAUGGACACAGCAUCCUGGAGAAACCGCCCUUGUAUCUGGAGGUCCCAAAAGCAGUCACGAUGUAACUGCCAUUACACCAAAGAUUGAUUCCCAGAGACUAGCAAACUUCCUACGAUCUGCUUGUCAGGUGAUCGAAGUUUUACUUGAGGAAGAUCAAGUAGCAACACAGCCCAGGCGGAAUCUAAGAUCACGGCCAUCCAGUCUAUCUAUUAGCGAUAGGUGCUUCCAGUUAAAUACAAAUCUUCCCUUCCUGGAUGGCCGCAGGAUAUCCUGUCUGCAUAUCUCACAGGCUCAGAGACAGGCUUUGCUUUCAGUCCAUGGACUUCCAGAAACAUCCAAUGACCUAUCACUGGAUAGCAAAUACAUCAUCUGUGUGUGGAAUGUUUGGCAGCCUUCUAGUCCUCAGAAAUUACUGCUUUGUGAAUCUCAGGUGACCUGUUGCUGCUUUAGUCCUUGUAAAGCUACUUUGGUGUUUGCUGGAACAGUUGAUGGUUCAGUCCUGGUGUGGGAUCUCAGAGAAGACUCAAGGAUGCACCAGUGCAUGAAAGUUAAUGAAACAGAUUGGACGUUUAGAUCUCCUACGUUUUCUACUGAUGGAGUGUUUACCGCAAUAAAUCACGCUUGUACUGUAUUGACCAUUGAACCUGUUUCCACCUCUGUCUUCAAGGAGCAGAACUGUGGGUUCUCCUAUCUCUCUGUUCAGGAAGAAAUGCUUGGACUUUCAUUUCAGAUUGCUUCGAUGGAUGAAAAUGGGACUCUUAAUCUAUGGGUGGUUGUUGAACUUCAAAAAGGAGAUUUGUCUGGCUCACAAAAUGAUUUAGGAUUAAUUCCUGGGGGAAAAAUUAAAUUGGUUCAUAGCUCUACCGUUCAGCUGAAUUGCAGUAUUUCUCCAAAAGAUUACACAUUUCUGGGGGUGCCCCAGACACUGAACAUUAAAUUUCUGCCUUCAAAUCCUAAUCACUUUGUUGUUGGAACAGAUGCUGGUUUUGUGAGCCACGGCACAAGGCACGAGCUGAAAGUCCCUCCCAAGUGGUUCAAACCCCAGCAGGGGGGACCAAGAGCAACCCAAGUUAAUGCAAUAGAUUUUUCACCUUUUGGAAAGCCGAUCUUUUUGGUGGGCUGUUCAGAUGGGAGCAUUAGACUUCACCAAAUGGCUUCAGAGCUUCCACUUAUGCAAUGGAACAACAGCACAGCGGGACAGUCAGUAGUCACCCUCCAGUGGGCUCUAACCAGGCCAGCUGUGUUUUUUGUUUUGGAUGCCACAUCUGUAGUUUAUAUUUGGGAUCUCUUGGAAAAUGAUUUGUCACCUGUAGCCAAACAGCCAGUCUGGUCCGAUAAGAUUACAACAAUGGCUGUACUGGGUGAACCUGAGAAACCAAGUGGCGUUCUGGGCAUAGCACUUGCUAAAGAAUCUGGAAUAAUAGACAUUAAGUAUGUCAAGAAGAUAUGGGCCCUGCCUCAGCCAGACGAGGCGGAGAAAUUAAACCUGCUUUUGCAGCAGGCCUUAUAAAAUGCAAACAGGCCUGUAUCUGAAUGCAUAAAUAUGGCCUCAUGGUUUGAAAUGAAUUUGUUAAUGUGUGGGAUUUAGCAGAAUAUUGCAUGGCUGAAAUAUUUUUUUAAAUUCCUAUUUGUAAAUAGUAUUUAUAUGUUUUAAAAUGUAUCAACACAGUAUUUGGACUUGAGCUAGAGAACAUUUUUAUGAAACACAGAAUAAAUAUUUAUGAAAGCAUCCCUUUAAAAGAAAUAUAUUUGUUUCAAAUACGCUAUGUACUGUAAAUCUUUAUACUUAUUUUUGGAAUAAAACUCAACAUAUAGUCCCAUGA